UAUUUGGACUUCGGAGUUCGGAGUAGUACGUACUAUAUGAAACCUACUUUGCUUUUUGGAACCACCAAGUCAAACACAACCUUGGAAUUACAAUUAAUCCGUAAUUCGACCUAUAAAGAUAGUCUUGUGAUUAACCCACCCGACGUCAAGAAUGCAAAACAUAAAAAAAUGGCCGUUUCAUCAUCACCACAUCAUGUGGUUCUCUUCCCUUACAUGUCCAAAGGCCACACGAUUCCUCUCCUCCAAUUCGCUCGUCUCCUCCUCCAUCACCGCCGUGUCGUCCCCAGCUACGACGGCGACGAGCAACCAACCAUUACCGUCACCGUCUUCACCACACCAAAAAACCAACCAUUCGUCUCAAAUUUCUUCUCCGACGUGGCAUCACCAUCAGUCAAAGUAAUCUCCCUCCCUUUCCCUGAAAACAUCGCCGGAAUCCCUCCCGGCGUAGAGAGCACCGACAUGCUCCCUUCCAUGUCCCUCUACGUGCCCUUCACUCGCGCAACCAAGUCUCUCCAGCCUCUCUUCGAAGCAGCGCUUCAGAAUCUUCCUCAAGUGUCUUUCAUGGUCACCGAUGGCUUCCUAUGGUGGACAUCGGAGUCCGCCGCUAGAUUUGACAUCCCCAGACUCUCCUUCUACGGCAUGAACUCGUACGCAACGGCUAUAUCAUCAUCCGUUUGGGUUCACCAACUCUUUACUAAACCGGAAAGUGUUAAAUCCGAUACCGAACUGGUUACUGUACCGGACUUUCCAUGGAUCCGCGUUAAGAAGUGCGAGUUUGACCCGGUUUUAACCUCGGAUCAAUCGGGUCCAGCAUUUGAGCUACUAAUGGACCAUAUUUUGUCCACGAUUAAGAGCCGCGGGGUUAUAGUGAACAGUUUCUACGAGCUCGAGACAGCGUUCGUUGACUUCAAGAUCCGUGAUAAAAAUGAACCCAAGCCAUGGUGUGUUGGGCCUUUGUGUUUGGCAAAUCCUCCUAAACCCGAGAGUAAUAAACCGGAUUGGAUUGAUUGGUUGGACCGGAAGCUAGAGGAACAACGUCCGGUUUUGUAUGUGGCGUUUGGAACACAGGCUGAGAUAUCAAACGAGCAGCUCAAGGAAAUAACAUUAGGGUUGGCAGAUUCCAAGGUGGAUUUCUUGUGGGUCACGAGAAAGGAUUUGAAUGGAGUAACUGAAGGAUUAGGGCUCGUGAAAGAGCAUGGUUUGAUAGUGCGAGAUUGGGUAGACCAAUGGGAGAUAUUGUCGCAUGAAAGUGUCAAAGGGUUUUUGAGCCAUUGUGGAUGGAACUCGGCACAAGAGAGUAUUUGUGCCGGGAUCCCGCUGCUCGCUUGGCCAAUGAUGGCCGAGCAGCCGCUCAAUGCAAAGAUGGUAGUAGAGGAGCUUAAGAUCGGUGUAGGAAUCGAAACUGAAGAUGGACGUGUGAAAGGGCUCGUGAGAAAAGAAGAACUUAGUCGAAAGGUUAAAGAAUUAAUGGAAGGAGAGAUGGGGAAGACCGCAAGGAAGAAUGUGAAAGAGUAUGCGGAAAUGGCAAAAAAAGCUUCAGCUCCAGAGACUGGUUCGUCUUGGAAGAAUUUGAAUUCUCUUCUUGAAGAUUUAUGCGUAAGUAGAGAGCCAAAUGGUGUUAUUGAGAACAAAUAGCUUGAGAGGAUUGGAUAACCGAAGUACCGAACCGGUUUGUACUGCAUUUUAAAACGCCUAGCUCAGUUGAAAUAAUAUAUUUGGACAGUUUCAAACAUUCCAAUUGCGUUCAGAGCAGUGGUGUGCCAAUAUGAGACUGUUCUUAUUUUCCACUGAGCAUGAUCAAUUUCACAAAGUUGCUAUCACCUUA